AUGGCAAGUUCAAAAGCUAAAAGUUCAACCGCAGGUACACCUUCACAUGCCUCAACUUCCACUUCAACAGGAGGAGGAAAUCAUCACGGUGGUGGAGCAGGAGGUAGUAAUGUAGGCGGUGCAACUAGGGGAGAAGGUGGCAGUUCGACAGUAGCUGCUUCUUCGAAACAUCAUAAUAAUAGUAACGUUACAGGGGAGACUCACGCAAAAAGACUCAAUAAAGGAAAAGAAAUUGUAAAGGAGACACCGCUAUUGGAUUUUAAUACACUUGAUAUUUCAGUGUUGCGUAGAUAUAAAAGGAUUCAUAAAUUAAAAGUAAAAGAUUAUGCUACCAAGGAAGAUUUAGUUACUGCAGUGUCUAAACACUAUGCCUCACAAACCGUUAAAGAAGCCGAUGUUAUUGCGGCCUUUGUAUACACGGUACAUAAUAAAGAUAAUGUCUUGAAGUUACCAAUUCCAUAA